AUGCUCUUUGUUCAUCAGGCGCUCAGCGCGCUGACGCUCCUUGCCACAUUCGUUUCUGGUGCCCCAUCCGCCGGUCUUCUCGGUCUCGGCGUUGGCGCAGCCGUCGACGUAGACCUCAACAUACAACUUCUGGCCGAGCUUGGAGUUGCUAUCACCGAAAAUGUGACCCCACUCACCCCUCUGGCGGACUUCAAUCUCGACGCCAGCCUCGACAUCAGAAUUUUCUUCGGGAGGGGAGGAUAUGGAACUCUGCAGAACGUGGCUCACGGUGCGAGAUACACCAUCACCAUCGAUAUCGAUGGCGAACCCUAUCCGGUUCAAUUCGACACCGGCAGUGGCGAUUUGUGGUUGCCUAGGGCGAAUUUCACAUGCGAAGACGGGAAUUACACAGUAACAGAUCCAUCCAAUUGCAUUUUCGCAGGCCGUGGCCCCACUGGAUUCUCUCAGGGAACUAUUGACGACGAGAUCUACGAUAUUUCAUAUAGUGACAAAUCGGCUAUCAAUGGCACCUUCGGCUACGGCACUGUCUCUUAUGGCGGAAUCACCGUACAAAAACAGCAGUAUGCACUGGCCGACAGGGGUUAUUUCCCUGGCGGCAACAAUUUUACCUCUGGUAUUAUGGGCUUCGGGCUCCCGUCUCUGACUGAGGCUUACUAUACAGACGGAACGAGAAACAACUACAGCACCGUUCCGUACAACUCCUGGCCAUUUCAAGCUAUUGAAGACGGCCUUCUGGCUCCUUCACAAUUUACUGUCGGUCUAUUCAGACGUGGCCUCAACGACACACAAAACUCUUAUGGUGGCUUCGUAGCGCUGGGAGGAACGCCUCCGCCAGCCGAUUUUCCGUACACUGGAGUGUGGGCAACGACUCCAAUGAUCAAGGUCGCUUACCCGACGUUUGACAUACCCCUACAGUACGACUUCUACAACCUCCAACCCGAUGGAUUCACGGUGAACGGCAAUUUCUUCGAGUGGGUGUCACCAAUCCAGAACGACACCGGCCUUCAGGCACCUACCAUAGUGGACAGUGGAACGACCGUAAGCCGGGUGCCCUCGUACGUUAGCGCAGCCAUUGCUCAGGCUUUCGAGCCUCCUGCUCAUAUCGACCACGACUUUUUCGACUGGUAUAUUGCGCCGUGCAACUCUACUGUGCCCGAGGUCUCCUUUCGCCUCGGUGGAAAAGACUUUGCAAUCACUCCUCGCGAUAUCCUGAUCGACGGCGAGUUGGGCGAGGUCUAUAGUGAUCAAUCAUGCCUUAUGGGCUUUCAGCCCAAUCCUGAUCCGAGCAAGUCGAAUAAUCCGAGCUACGCAGCGAACCCCAUCUUCGGCAUGACUUUCAUGAGGAACGUCGUGGUCGUGCAUGAUCUUGAAAACUACCAACUCACCUUUGGAGGUGUCCUGUGGGACUGA